UGGAUAUCGAGUUGUCUACUGAUAAGCAACCUUCUAGUCCUAAUGAUGACGCAGAUAGAGAAACUCAUCAAGAAUUUCUUUCAAGAAAGGUAUUGAUCAUUAGAAACGUCUCGAUGUACAAUCCUUUAAAAUUAUUGACCAAAGUUUUUUCAGAAUAUGAUCAUAUGGUUUGUAUGGAGAUUACUAUGAGAGGAAGAUUAGGUAUUACAAACCAGUUUGUAACUCUGUCAAAAAUGGACCGUAUCGAGAGAUUGUGUUGA